AUGACCACACCAGCACUUCCAGCUUUACUCACACCUGCCCUCAGCGACCGUGAUGCCAUAGCUGAUGCCCUCUACCGAGGAGUCAUGGCUUUUGACACCGCCGACGAUGCUCUCUUCAAAUCUGCCCUGACUGAGGAUGCCGUUUUGGUCCUUAACGGCACUGUCAUGGAAGGCUAUGAUGCGAUAUACAGUGGAUGCUAUGCCAAUAUCGCCAAGAUGGACACCAACCAUUUCCUCACCAACAUGCGUAUCAACAUCACCGAGGAAUCCAAGGCUCAGGUGUCAUGCUCAGCUCUUUCUCAACACUACCGCGGUGGAGAGGGCAUGAAGCCUGGCUCUGAUUUCUUGCUUGCUGGAGGCCUUUAUGCGGUCGAGUUGGUUAAGGAUGCUAGAGACGGAUUGUGGAAGAUUAAGCAUUGGACUUUAAAAACUACUUGGGGACAGGGCGAUUGGGGAGUUUUCGGAAAAUAG